GAGAAACCCCCUGAAAUCCUGACCUCCUUGUUUUCCUCUCCUGGAAACUGUGGAUACAAAAGAUCAGCUGGCAAAUUUUGAGGAUAUGACCCUGCUGAGAAACAUCCCAAUCCUCUGUAUAUUUCUCUUCCUCCUCUUUUCUUUUUCUUACUACAUAGAUUCCUCCUGCUGCUUCUUGCCCUAUCCAUAUUCCUGCACACUCCCCUUCACCCAAUCCCUUCCCAGCACACCAACACCAUCCAUCCCCUGUUGUCUAAAUCCCUUCUCCACUUCCCUUAUUGCUCCCUUGGGUGUCCAUGUCCUUAAUUACCUCUGGGGGAAUGUGCAAAGUGCCUCAACAUUCUCCCAAGGCACCCUUCAGAGAUAUUUUGGGAUCAUCAUCCCUUUGGCCAGGACCCCUUCCUGGCUUUCCCUUUUCUUCCCUCCAUGGGUGCCCUGCCAUGUUCACUCCCCAAAGAUCCCACUGCACUCACUGAUGAGAUUUUCAGAGCUCUCUCCCUGCUGACUCUUCAGAGCCCCCCCUGAUUUGUCUCUCGUGUGUCUCCUGGUCACUCUCGGGUACCCAAUCAACCCCCGGUGCCGCCGCCACCCAAGGGAGCCGAUCCCCCAAACUGGGUGAGGCACCUUCAGCUGCACUCACUGCCCGCUGCUCGGGAUGGUGGAAGGAAUUCCGGACGAGUCUCAGAGUGUGUGGAAAAUUCACAUCAGCAAAGGUUUCUGUCCACAAGGCGUGGCCUGAUGGAGGAGGCGGAGGAAAAGCCCAAGAGAUCCUGCAUGAGGAGUGGCUGCAAACCCAGCCCAGGGAGCUGCAGGGAGGAAAGAGCCCCCCUGAGCCAGGAAGGUGUCCGGAGAUCCAGCCGGAGCUCAGAGCUGGUGGAGAAGCCUCAUGGCAGGGACAAGCCGCACAAGUGCUUGGAAUGUGGGAAGGGUUUCAGCCGGAGCUUGAACCUAAUCCAGCACCAGGUGGUCCACACUGGGGAACGGCCCUACGAGUGUGAGGAGUGUGGGAAGCGUUUCAGCCACAGCUCCAGCCUGAUCCAGCACCAGAGGUUCCACACUGGGGAUCGACCCUUUAAAUGUGGGGAGUGUGGGAAGAGCUUCAGCCAGAGCUCCAGUCUGACUCAACACCAGAGGAUCCACACUGGGGAAAAGCCCUUUGAGUGUGGGGAAUGUGGGAAGAGCUUCAGCCAGAGGGGCCACCUGAUGCAGCACCAGGUGAUCCACUCCGGGGAUCGGCCCUACAAGUGUGGGGAAUGUGGGAUGGGCUUCACCCAGAAGGGCCACCUGAUGCAACACUGGAGGAUCCACACAGGGGGAAAGCCCUAUGAGUGUGGGCAAUGUGGGAAGUGCUUCAGCCAGAGCUCUGGCCUGAGGAAACACGAGAGGAUCCACACUGGGGAAAAACCCUUUGAGUGCGGGGAGUGUGGGAAGAGCUUCAGUAUGAGGUGCCAGCUGACGGAACACCAGAGGAUCCACUCUGGGGAAAAGCCCUACAAGUGUGGGGAAUGUGGGAAGAGCUUCAGAGAGAGCUGGGCCCUGAUUCGGCACCAGGUGAUCCACACAGGGGAACGGCCCUACACCUGCUUGGAAUGUGGGAAGAGCUACGGGUGGCACUUCGACCUGAGAAAACACCAGCGCACCCACACCGGGGAGAAGCCCUACAAGUGUCCUGAGUGUGGGAAGAGGUUUCCAAGGAGCUCCGAUCUCCUCAAACAUGAGCGGAGUCACAGAGAGGAGAGGCCCUUCCGUUGCUCUGACUGCGGGAAGGGCUUCAAGCUAAACUCCGCCCUCACUAUCCACCAGCUCAUCCACACUGGGGAGAGGCCCUAUGAGUGUGGGGAGUGUGGGAAGAGCUUCUCCACAAGCUCUCAGUUGACCCGACACCAACGGAGGCGCCACUAAGGGAAGCCCUGUGAGUGCCCCGAGUGCGGGAAGAGCUUCGUGCGCUGCUCCAGCUCCAUCCCACAUGGUAGGAUCCAUGUUGGAUGAUCCUCAGUGACCCCCGUUGGGCAGAGCCCUGGUGAUCUGUGGUCCUGGUGAUCUGUGUUGGGAAUACACCUGGCCUGGAGGCUCCAUAUCUUCCUGGUUCCCUGUGGGGAGCUAGAUAAACCCAGGUGCAGUAUCAUCCAUUGGGACACAGACCAACAAUGGGAAUUCCUUGGGGAGAGCAGAUUUGUCAACUUUCAACCCCAUAAAAAAUUCAGUCCUAUCUUCUGGUGGCAUCAGGGAGUACUGGAUCAUCUUGGAGGUAUGUCCUGGGUUGACUAUAUGAUGCUUGUAUCCCGUCUGUUAUGUUUAUGCUGAAUAAUAAGUUUUGCACCUUUAAGACUUGUCCUGAGAGUGAAGGGGGGAGAGAAGAAGUGCAGAGUUUGUUUUUAGACACUGCACUCAUUCCUCCACAUUCCUGCUCCUGCGCUGUGUGGUCUGUGGGUGGACAGAGCUCUCCUUUGCUUUUAGUUAGUUUUAGCUAGCUGAGGCAAAGAAGUUCCCUGGACUGUGGUUUUUUUUUCCUUUUCUUUGGACCUGUUUAAGCCUGCUCUGGCCUGAACACCAGAAGAGCACCGGCAGCUCACACCUGUGGCCAACGAAGCCAGGCUUGGGCCGCAGCAUUUCCAGCACCAGAGGGACUGAGAAGAGACUGAGUGAGCUGAGCUACAGCCCACAGAGGGGACUUUGUGAGUUUGUCUCUCUUUUAGAGCAGCAACAGGUUUAUUUGUUUAAUAAACAGUUUUUUCCACUUUUCUCCAA